UACUAAUCACUAAUCACUAAUCACUAAUCAGAAGCUCAACCUCGAAAAAAAAAAAAAAAACCAUCCAUGGCGAUUACAGAUUUUUUACCAAAAGAGUACGGGUAUGUCGUCAUCAUCCUCGUAUUCUACUGUUUCCUCAACCUUUGGAUGGGUGCUCAAGUCGGCAAAGCUCGUAAAAGGUACAAUGUGCCGUAUCCAACUCUCUAUGCUAUAGAGUCAGAAAACAAAGAUGCUAAGCUCUUUAACUGUGUUCAGAGAGGACACCAAAACUCUUUGGAGAUGAUGCCAAUGUAUUUCAUACUGAUGAUUCUUGGUGGUAUGAAGCACCCUAGUAUCUGUGCUGUAUUGGGUUUGGUCUACAACGUUAGCCGGUUCUUCUACUUCAAAGGUUACGCUACUGGUGAUCCCAUGAAGCGUCUCACUAUCGGGAAGUACGGUUUCUUGGGUUUGCUAGGUCUCAUGAUUUGUACCAUCUCGUUUGGUGUCACUCUGAUCCGUUCUUGAGCCACCCUUUUGUAAGGUUGAUGAUAGAUUCUCUGGGUUGUUUAAGUCUACAUUGGAACCUGUCUUUGUAAGUUGUCCACAAAAUUUGUGUGAUAAAAAUAAUCUUUGCAGUUUUGUCACUUUGUUUCUUUUUCAAAAACUUUUCAAAGUUGUAAUAAUAAAAGUCAAUGUAGAACAAUUUAAUUUUCACAUCCCUACGGGAGAUAUAUGUUGAUCAAGAGUUUAGCCCAGGGAAUUUUCAGUUCA